AAGCUCUAACCUUGCCGGCGGAGCUUGACAUCCGCCGUGUUCACCCGGUCGACCGAAAACCUCCGCGUUUUAGCCACUAAACAUAGGAAGGGUGCUUUUUUUCUUCUCUUCAUUGGUUGUUCGUCAGUUUCAUAACUUACCGACCAAAAUCGAGUUUGAUUUUGAAAAUCUACAUGCUCGUAUAAUAUCUCUUUCUCUACAAAUAUGAAUUCCUUUUGAGAUAUGUCAUUGGAGAGAUCCUUACUCUAUAUUUUCCCGUUCCCUGCUUAUGUGCUCAGCAUGGCAACUGCCCACAUCAGCGAGGCCGCCCUGUCGAAGGUCCAGCAGUCUGCCACUUCCCCCCCCCCCUCCCCUUCCCUCCCUCUCCAAGAAUAGCACUCCGAUGCAUGUAGCAUCGAAUGGAAUUGACUAUUGGGCUCGCGCGAGGGGUGCGCGAGGCGAGAGAAGAGGAAGAGGUCAACCGCCCAACCAUUGAUGCAUGCAUUGGUGGCCGGGUGCCAAAACAACAAGAGCGGCCGACAGGGAAGGGCGGAGCAGCUCUUGUUGGGGGUGUUGUGGGGAAGAACAUCACCAGGCUAGUCUAGCAGAUUUCUGAUUGCCUCCUGUCCUCCGCCUGAUCUGAAUUACAGCCGAGCGGCCUGCGCCAUUAACGUCUUGUCCAUGAAUCGCUUGCCAAUUUCCUUCUGAACACCCGCUCUUUGCCGGCGGCAGAAAUCAUCCUGAGGUUAUUUGUAAAUCAACCACUUAGAGCAGGCAGACAAUGUCAGCUUCUGAGUUCAGGAUUCCUUACCCGCAAGUUUCUUCUUCACAGCCUGCUGAGAAUGCAGGUCAGUUCAAGGUCUGCAGAUGUGGAGAGGGAGACCCAAAUUUCACAAAUGCAUCUGAAACUGGUGACGGCACACCAACUAGCUGUCCUAAUUGCCAGGUUCUUAAGAGUGGGCAUUUACUACUUUCAUCUAAAGGAAUUGGUUGGACAUCAUGGAAAAAACGCUGGUUUAUUCUUACAAGGGCAUCAUUAGUGUUCUUCAGAAGUGAUCCUAAUAUCCCCCCUCCUAGAGGAGCUGAACCAAUUGUUACACUCGGUGGAAUCGACUUGAAUAACUCCGGAAGUGUUGUUGUCAAAGAAGAAAGGAAACUUUUGACAGUCUUAUUUCCUGAUGGCCGUGAUGGACGAACUUUCACUCUGAAGGCAGAAACCAUUGAAGACCUAAAUGACUGGAGAAGUGCAUUAGAGAAUGCUCUGGCACAGGCACCCAGUGUAGCAAAUACAGUGGGGCAAAAUCCGAUAUUCAGCACUGAUGUAGCAGAACCUGCUGAAGUUCCAGCUGAACAGUCGGAGGACAAUUCUGUUGUUGGCAGACCUGCAGAAUUUGCACUUGUGGAUCCCGAUGGUAGUCCAUCUUUCCUGGAGAAAGCCCUGAAGUUCAUUGAAGAUUAUGGGAUCAAGGUAGAAGGAAUCCUGCGUCAGUCUGCUGAUGUUGAAGAAGUCAAACGCAGACUUCAGGAUUAUGAAAAGGGAAAAAAUGAGUUCUCCCCAGAAGAGGAUGCACAUGUCAUCGGUGACUGCAUUAAAUAUAUUCUUCGAGAGAUGCCAUCAUCUCCAGUUCCUGCAGCAUAUUGCACUGCCCUGGUUGGAGCUUACCGAACUGACAAGACAAGAAGACUAGAUGAGAUAAAUAGAGUGAUAUAUGAAGUCUUCCCUGAACCAAAUCGACAAUUAUUGCAGAGAAUCCUUAAGAUGAUGCAGAUUGUUGAAUCGCACAAAGCUGUGAAUAGGAUGUCUCAAUCUGCUUUGGCAGCUUGCAUGGCACCACUCCUUCUUCGACCUCUUCUUCUUGGUGAAUGUGAAAUCGAUAACGACUUUAGUAUGGGCGGGGAUGGUUCAUUCCAGCUGCUUCAAGCUGCUGCUGCUGCAAAUCAUGCUCAAGCUAUUGUUAUUAUUAUGCUUGAGGAAUAUGAUCGGAUAUUUGAUGACUCGGAAGAAGGUUCCUAUUCUUCAGAUGCUUAUACUGAAUCCGAGGACGAUGAUGUUGACAAGGAAUAUUCCACGGAUAACGACAUCCAUGAAGAGGAUGGUUCUUAUGAUUCUGGAGAAGAUGACAUUGAAGAAGAAGAGUUGGAUGACAAUAGUGAGCAGUCUUCUGGUGGCAGUGAAUAUGACAAUAAUAUUAGAACUGAUGUCACGGAUGAGAAGGUUAAAAACAAUAAUGCGGGUGUCGCAGGUAAUGCGAAUAAUCAAGCUGUUCAACCUCCUGUUAAAGCAGCAAGAACAGAAAAUGGUGCGUCAAGGGAAGGCAUUGAUCAAAUUUCUUCUGUUCUGCUUGAUUCAUUCUCCACAAAAGUUGCACAAACGGAGGAUACUUCUCAAAUGGAGAUCAAUAGUCGAUCACAGCCAAAACAAGAAUCAUGUGAACCAAACGAAUCCAAAGAUCAUAUGGUAAGAUCAAAUUCCCGCUCAUCAUCUUCCAGAGCAAAAUCUAUUGAGAAAGCAAGCAGCUCAGCAAAUAAGGGCAAAAGAACCUUAUGGGGCCGUACUUCGGCAAGAAAAGACCUGUCAGCAGAGGAGAUUGACUGUUGCAGUGAUGAUGAGACCCUUAUUGAUAAACUUGAGAGCAACAAGACUGAUCUCCAAUCUAAAAUUACAAAAGAGGUAAAAGAAAAUGGAAUCCUCAAGGCAAGUCUAGAAAGGCGGAAAGAAGAAUUACAUGAGCGUCGUUUAGCACUUGAAAAGGAGGUGGAAAAUUUGCGAGACCAGCUGCAGAAGGAGAGAAAUUCGAGGGCCUCAUUGGAGUCUGGGCUGAUGAACUUGCGAAGAGGGCAGGUGUCGUUGCCGUCAACAAUAGAUAGCAAGACUAAGGCUGAUCUUGAGGAAGUUGCGACUGCUGAGUCUGAUAUUAUGAACUUGAAGCAAAAGGCUUCUGAUCUUCGUGGACAAUUCAACAGCCAGCAGCUGUGCUCCACCGCAUUAUGUGAAUCAUGCCAUAAACGGCUCCUAAAUACAGACAAGCUUGUCAAAUACGAACGAAAUGCUUCACUUUCCCCAGAGACGAGCUCUUCAAUGGAAGCAUUAUCGGUUAUUGGGUGCGAUUCUGUAUCGAGCAUGGCAGAUUUUGAGCAAUCAAGGAAGCAAACCACACAGCAUUCACCUUCUUCAACAGACAAGGAGAAGCGGCAGCAGAGUUCAAAUACGAGUUCAGGUGUGACAUCUAAUGAGCCAGUGGGGACCAUCAACCAGAGGAGUCAGAGAAUGCAGUCCUCAAAGGGUGAGAUUGCCAACAAGGAUGGCCAAGAAGGGUCAUCGUCUACCUCAAGGUGGAAUUUUGCACAGAAACAAUAUUCGAAUAGUCCGCUGAUAAGAGGGCUUCAAGGAUCCAAUAGUGUUCAUUCAAGUAGUAAGCGGCUCGAGGAAUCUGGAGGCGGCGCGCCAGCAGCAGCGUCUGCGUUAGCCAAGCUGACAAGCCGGCUCAACUUUCUCAAAGAGAGGAGGGCGCUGCUUGCAAGCGAGAUGCAAAGCUUGGAUUUGGGUCCCCGCCCGCAGCCCCAAGCCGGGCCUGGGCCUGGGCCUGGCCCUGCUGCUGCAGCUCCGUCCCCCAACCCCAGAAGGGCCUGAGCCUGACUCACUCACCAUGCUUUGCUCUGUUGCCUCUGUAAUGCCACAGUUAGUUUUUGUUGCUAGCAACAGUAGAUUACAGGAGAGUUAUAUAUAUAUAUAUAUAUAGCAGCAGGACAACAACUGCUUGUAGGCCACAGCCAAAAUGCAAACCGUUGGUGAUGACAUGACAGCCGGUAACAAAAUUAUUACUCAUCAAGUGAUGAAAUGGAUCGAUCAAAGGGCGGCGCUGAUGAGCUCUCGAUGGCGGCCUGGAUGCAGAAGGCGAUAGGUCCAGCGGGUUGGCGUCCGCCGACGGCAGCGCCGCGUCGGGGUUCUCGUCCAACUGUCCCGUGCUCUUCUUGGCGAUCGUGAUCGGCGCCAAAGCGGAAGAUGUAGACGGGAACGUUGCCGACCUGAACGUUCCUGGCAGGCAUCGCCUCCCGCGCUCUGCUGGCCGUCGGACAUGAGCAUGACGCUCGGAAUAAGAGUUUCGACCUUGCUGCCAACUACAACUGGAAAUGAACACAAGAAUGCAGAGGCCUGCCCAACUGAAGCAGACAACACUAAUUUUUUGCUGAAUCAAAACAACUCGACAGCAACAGCUAUUCAUUCAUGUACGUCUACACCUUCAACAAGACAGGCCCUAAACGGUAUCAUAAUUGCAGAC